ACAAGUCCUGAAAGUCUCUGUUGUCGUGCUGCAAGGAUGGAGGCCCCCCUGGUGAGUUUAGAUGAGGAGUUUGAGGACCUUCGGCCCUGCUGCUCUGAGGACCAGGACGAGAAGCCCCGCUGUUUCUACGGCUCAUCUCCUCACCACCUAGAGGACCCCUCCCUCUCUGAGCUGGAGAAUUUUUCUUCUGAAAUAAUCAGCUUCAAGUCCAUGGAGGACCUCGUGAAUGAAUUUGAUGAGAAGCUCAACGUCUGCUUUCGGAACUACAACGCCAAGACCGAGAACCUGGCUCCGGUGAAGAACCAGUUACAGAUUCAGGAGGAGGAAGAGACCCUUCAGGAUGAGGAGUAA